CAAACCCAUAGAAGAAGAAGAAGACGGAAAAACAAGAGUGGCUGCGCUGACUUACAGAAACAUCUAUGUUCGUGCAGCAUUAACUUGUUUACAGCAGCCUGGCGAGGCAGUUUGCUAAUCAAGCAAGGAAGCAGGUCAGAGGUUAGGGUGUUUUCAGUGUUUGUUGUGCUGGGAGCUCAGCUGCUGUUGUUCAGAGGCUGAGGACAGUGUGCUGCGGUAAUGUGCGCUUUAACUGCGGUGACAGGCCCAGUGUUCACUGAUGCUCCUGCGGAUCACAUGAGUUCAUACACACACGCUGGACUGUUCAUCGGGCUUCACACCCGUCAUGCAUUAUCACUCCGGGAUUACCUGCAUGUUUAGUGCGAUUUCAUGUAUAUAAUGAUUGCAGUGCCAUUACUGAGUGACACAGAAGAGUGAAACUGCGCUGGGUGUCACCGGGUCACUGGUUUUGAAUGAAACGCUGCAUGUGCGAACAUGACUGACAUUCAACUUCAUACUUCGAGAAUCAAGUAAUUUUCUGCUGAUUGUGUUUUGGGCAAGAAAAUAUGAGCUUAGAAAGCCAACAGGACACAUUUUUUCUGGAUUUUCUGAAGAGUUAAACUGCAAAAGCCGCCAAUAUGAGGAUCUUCAGGACAUUGAUGAACGUUGCAUCCAUGGCCAAACAAAUCGACUUUUAUUCCAGAUUCUCACCUUCUCCUCUCUCUAUGAAACAGUUCAUAGAUUUUGGUUCAGAGAACGCAUGUGCGAAAACGUCAUUCACGUUUCUAAGACAGGAACUGCCUGUCAGGCUGGCAAAUAUUAUGAAGGAGAUAGAUUUAUUGCCUGAUAAUCUUCUGAGAACUCCUUCAGUGCGUCUGGUGCAGAGCUGGUAUAUGCACAGCUUCCAGGAUAUACUGGAGUUCAAGGACAGGGAUAUUGAUGAUGAAAUGCUCAUACAAGACUUCACAGGUGCUAUAAUUAAGAUCAGAAACCGCCACAAUGAUGUGGUGCCCACCAUGGCUCAAGGAGUGGUGGAAUAUAAGGAGACCUACGGAACUGACCCCAUCACCAGCCAGAACAUCCAGUACUUCCUGGACCGGUUCUACAUGAGCAGGAUCUCGAUCAGAAUGCUCCUGAACCAGCACACUCUUUUGUUUGGGGGAAAGAUAUGUGACAAUCCUGCUCAUCCCAAACAGAUCGGCAGCAUUGACCCCAGCUGUCAUGUCACUGAUGUCGUGAAAGAUGCUUAUGAAAAUGCCCGUAACCUUUGCGACCGGUAUUAUAUGAACUCACCUGAGUUAGUACUGGAAGAAUUCAACGUUAAAGGACCUGAUAAACCUGUUGCUGUGGUUUAUGUGCCGUCUCAUCUGUACCACAUGGUGUUUGAGCUCUUUAAGAAUGCCAUGCGUGCUACCAUGGAACUUUAUGAAGAUGCCAUGGAAUAUCCUCCGGUGCAUGUGCAGAUCGUCCUCGGCCACGAGGACCUGUCUGUGAAGGUCAGUGAUCGUGGAGGCGGAGUCCCGCUGAGGAAGAUUGACAGGUUGUUUACAUACACAUACUCCACUGCACCUCGUCCUCAGAUGGACACAUCUCGAGCCACUCCUCUGGCUGGUUUUGGUUAUGGACUGCCCAUCUCCAGACUUUACGCCAGAUAUUUCCAAGGUGACCUGAAGCUCUACUCCAUGGAGGGAUUUGGCACAGACGCUGUCAUUUAUUUCAGAGCUUUGUCCACUGAGUCCAUCGAGAGGCUUCCCGUUUACAACAAAUCUGCUUGGAAGCAUUAUAAAACCAUCCAUGAAGCGGAUGACUGGUGUGUCCCCAGCAAAGAACCCAAGGACAUGUCCACCUUCCGCAGCUUCUAGUCUGACCUCAACGCUUGUGUUGUGGAUGCGCUUGCCCAGACUCCCUCUCGCACCUUUCACCAGUGCAUGUGUUUCUACAGACUCAAUAAAGCAUCUUACCUUCAUCUAUCCACCCAGUGUAGAUCAGGAUAGAGGACAGAAGAGUAACAAAAGAGACUGGGGAUACAUAAAAGAGCAUGCUGAAACACUACGUUUCUAGUAUGUUCUAAUGAAAACGUUUUGCACUGUACCAUGUGGUACCAGUAUUGUAAGUUAGUGCCAUCACAUCCCAAAUAGACAAUUAGGCUUUUGUAAUUCUGGUGUAUUUAGUGUGUAUUAUUUCUGAGUGUGAUCUAGUACCAGUAUGAGUUUCAUGACAAUCUUACAUUUGAAUGUGUAAGUCAGUAUUUAUUUUUUUUGUCAUGAGACUGAAGUGUUGAUUAUUUUUGCUUUAAACUUACACAUUGUGAUUUGGAAGUCAAGCUUGUGUCACGCAGUUGUGGGCUAUAAUAUAUACCAGCAUAACUGGGACUUCACAUUCCUUGUACAGUCCCAUGUAUUACAUAUUGUUUGCAUAGCUUUAAAAAAAAAAGAAAAAAGAAAGAAAGUGUGAGAAUGAAGUGUGAAGGGUUUGAAAGUGUUAAAUGCUUCACACCACUAGAAAAUUUUCAGCUUCAACUAACUCAUUAACAUUGCAGGCACUUCAAGGACAAAAAAAGAGGAACAAACGCCUAAUUGUCUUAUUUUGACCAGUUUUAAACAGUAGUUUCAGUCUCAUCCCGUUUCAAUAAAGCGCUGAGUACAAUAGCAGUGAGACCGACUGUAACUGCAAACUCAUGACAAACGUAUUAUACACUUUUAAACACAGUUGUAGGAUAUGUUUUACAGUGUGAUGAAUGAUUCACUGUUUUGAAGGCCUCCAAUCGACACACGCUGGUGACGCCUGCUGGUCAGAACAUGAAAAUGCAACAAAAACAGCUUUUGCAAACCCAUUGUUUUGUGCAAAUGUUUUAUUGAAAGUGUAAUCUACCCCUUACAAAAA